AUGUCUCACGGCAAGCAGUUCACUCUGUACACCCAUAAGGGCGGCCCCAACGGCUGGAAGGUCGCGUUUGUUCUGGCUGAGCUCGGUCUGACCUACGAGAGCGUCUACCUCGACUUCAACAAGAACGAGCAGAAGGCUCCGGAGUUCACCAAGUACAACCCCAAUGGCCGUAUUCCGGCUUUGAUUGACCACAAGAACAAGGACUUCACUGUUUGGGAGUCCAACGCGAUCAUCGUCUACCUUGUCGAGAAGUACGACACAGCGCAUCGCAUCUCCGCGGCGACACCGGAAGACAAGAUUCUCCAGCUCCAGUGGCUGUUCUUCCAGGCCUCUGGCCAGGGGCGAGCAUGCUUUAGCCCGUACUUCGGUCAGGCCAUCUGGUUCAAGGUCUACCACGCCGAAAAGGUCCCCAGCGCGAUCGAGCGGUACCAGAAGGAGACCGCGCGUGUCAUCAGUGUCCUGGACGGCGUACUCUCCAAACAGGAGUGGCUCGUUGGCGGCAAGUACAGUGUCGCCGACAUUUCAUUUGUAUCGUGGACCAACGCUGCCUUGGCCGCGGUCUUGCCGGACGCGCAAGGCGUCAAUGUCGAGAAGGACUACCCGGCAUUUUGGGCUUGGCACCAGAAGCUGAUCUCGCAGGAUGCUAUCAAGGCGGUGUGGGCCGAAAAGUCAGCUCUGUAA